UGGUAUUAAUUAUUUAUUUUUAGAUAUUUCGAUAAAAAUAUUGGAAAGAUUGUAAGCAAGUUUUGGGACUUGCGUCCAGUAUUUAAUUCAUUGAAUCCUUGCUCAGCUACCGCUGAAAAAUUAUAUAAUUUAUUAAUGGAAUCUUUUUCAACCUAUAAUAUUCCUGAAACCAAUAUGAUUGGAUUCGGGUCAGAUGGAUUUAACGUGAUGAUGGGUUUGGUAAAUUCGAUGGCUUCUCGAUUAAAAAAUACAUUUCUUGGUAUUUUUAUCUUAUAAUGUGUUUGCCAUUCGGUGAAUUUAUGUGCAAGCGAGUCGUGCAAGCAACUGCCAAGAAAUUGUGAAGAUUUUGUACGAAAUAUAUUUAAUUUUUUAAAAAGUAGUUCAAAACGCUUAGCAGAAUUAUCACAAUUUCAAAAAUUUAUGGAAGUUGAACCCCAUUGAUUGUUACAUCCGUCACAAACAUGGUGGCUAUCUUUAAACAUGGUUGUGAGUAGAAUUUUAGAAAAAUGGGAUGCGUUAAAAUUAUACUUCACGGAUACAUGGAUUAACCAAAGACUACUGAGCACCGAAGAAAUUUUUAAAAGUUUAAAUGAUCCAUUUAUGAAACUGUAUUUUUAUUUCCUGGAAUGGAUUUUGCCAAAAUUUACCAGAUUCAACCAAUAUUUCCAGACUGAAAGAGUAGUCAUAACCGAUUUGCAUGAAAUGAUAAUUAGUCUUUUUCAAGAAAUAUUAUUAUGUUUUUUGAAAAGGGAAUAUGUGACUAAGACAAAAUUAAGUGCCAUAAACCCUAAAAUUGAUCAAUUUCAAUUAAUUGACAGACAAUUAUAUUUAGGUGCCAAAGUCAUGUCACACAUUGAUGAACCAAAUGUAAUUGCAAACAAUGUAUGCAGAAAAAACUUUUUUGAAAGUUGUCGGUUAUUUCUACCAGAGCGAUCUUACACCCUUCGGCCGCUCUGGCUUCAACAGAACGCAAUCGAUCUACAAAUAAUAAGUACGGAAUCAUUUAAUUGUUUUAAUGUUUACUUAUUUCUAUAAAUUUUAUUUUUUAUUUAAAUAAGAUUUUACCGUAGAAAGUCCACACAGGCGGGUGGCGAUCACUAAUUGAUCCUAUCAUGCUAUGGAAACUCUCAGUAUAAUUAUUUGUACAGAUGUUCAAUCCGAACACUGUAAAACCUUCUGGACGGACAAUGUUUAUCCAAUAGUUACGAACAUAGUUCAAAAAUUCCGCCACAAGGUCCUAUGUACCCAUUCUUAUAGUAAGAUUUGUAAUCGCCAGAAAUCCUCUCAGAAUAUUAAAUUUUUCUGGAAAUUUUGGGACCCUCUGUGCUGAUAAAUGUGGAAGAGCUAGGAUCUAUUAUCAAAAACAUGAAAAAACAAAUUAUCAUCAUCAUAUCAAUUUGUAUUUUGGUGUCUGAUAAAACCUAUUUGUGAUCUAUUAUACCAUUCACACUAUUGUAGCAACAUCGUGGUUGUUCAUCAUUAGUCUGGGCAUAUUGUGGGUUUGGAUAAAUCGUACUAUGCUCUAUGGACAAUAAUUUGUGUUAAAAUAAAGUCUGGCAGUCUUACAAUCAUAUAUAUAGAUGUCAAAUUAGUACCUGGCUAUAAUGGAACCAACAUCCGACCAUCUGACAUUCGGGAAUUAUCCUUUGAACAGUGUUAUGUAAAGCUGUUUCAAAAUUAUG